AUGCCCCCUAAGAAGCAAGGUGCUGAUAAGUCCAAGCAAAAGGCUAAGGCCAAGCUUGCCGAGGACAAGGGCUUCGGUAUGAAGAAUAAGAACAAGUCCAAGAAGGUACAACAGCAAAUUAAUCAAAUGAAAAGUGGUGUCGAUGGUGGACUAGCCAAAAAGAAGGAGGCUGAACAAAAGCGUAAGGCAGAAGAAAAGAGAGCUGCUGAGCAAGCCAAGAAGGAAGCAGCAGCAUUGUUUGGUGUUCAACAACAGAAGGUGCCAUUUGGUGUCGAUCCAAAAUCCAUCCUCUGUGAAUUUUUCAAGAAUGGUCUUUGUAACAAGGGCAACAAAUGUAAAUUCUCCCACGACGUGAAUGUUGGACGUAAAGAUUUGAAGAAGGAUUUGUACACAGAUACCAGAGCUGAGAAAGAAGCUGAUACUAUGGACAACUGGGACGAAGAGAAGUUGAGGAAGGUCAUUUUGUCCAAGCAUGGUAAUCCAAAGACAAGCACUGAUAAGGUGUGUAAGUAUUUCAUCGAUGCAGUGGAGAAUGAUAAAUACGGUUGGUUCUGGGUUUGUCCCAAUGGUGGUACCGAGUGUAUGUACAGACAUGCUUUGCCUCCCGGUUUCGUUUUGAAGACCAAGGAGCAGAAAAAACUAGAAAAGUUAGCGAAAGAGUCGGAGCCAGAAAUCACGUUGGAAGAAUUCAUUGAGUUGGAAAGAGGUAAAUUGGACAAGUCCAAGUUCACUCCUAUCACGCUAGAAACGUUUGCCCAGUGGAAGAAAAAGCAAAAUGAGAAGAAGGCAGAGAAGAAAGAUCAGAAUAAAAAGAAACAGCGCACUGGUAAAAAGAUCUUACAGGAGAAGUUCGCCGAUAAGUUCUACACUGAAGAAGCUAGUGAAGAUAACGAGAUGGAUUUGUCUUCAUUCAAGCAGGUUUUGCCUGAUGAAGAAAAGCUCAAAGACUACGGUGACGGAACCAAUGCAGAGUUCAACUAA